AUGAUGAGUUCGGAACAGCGACGUGCGAGUGAAAGCACAAUUCAAGGGGUACCGCUCCAAGGAGAACAAAGACGCAUAGAUUUUGAUGAGGGUUACUACAUUGGUACUGUUGACGAGAAUGGACGCAUGUCAGGCCACGGUAAAGCUGUGUGGAAGAGUGGAGAUACCUAUGUAGGGGGGUGGCUUAAUGACGUCAUGGAUGGCAAUGGUUUGUACACUUGGGCAGAUGGUGAUUACUAUGAAGGUGAGUACAAGGGCGGUUUGCAAAACGGUUAUGGGGUUUUAAAAGACGCAACUGGAGUUUACAGUGGUGAGUGGGUUGAUGACAUGCGCCACGGACUCGGUAAAAUGGAGUACGUUGGUGGAAGCGUUUAUGAAGGAGAAUGGCUAGCCAACAUGCGUCAUGGACAAGGUAAGCUUACUGAGGCAAACGGUGAUGAGUAUCACGGCGAAUUUGUUCGGAAUGAAAAGGAAGGGAAAGGUAUAAUGACAAACGCGGAAGGUGAAGUUUAUGAAGGUGAGUUUGCACAUGGAAAACCUAACGGAAAGGGAACUUAUAUUUGGGCUGAUGGUGCCAAAUAUGUCGGAUCUUUUAAAGAUGGGCUUAAACACGGACAAGGGUGUGAAUGGAUGGUAAAUGGUGAUUGGGUUGCUGGUAUUUUUGUCAAUGGUGAACAUGACAAGAGACAAAUAGUACACAAAGCAGUAGUUGCUGAUGAUGAAAAUAAUGAUCAUAUUGACCUUGCUGAAGUUAAAUCUUUAGAUCCGCAAAAGUUACGUAUGUUGGGAGAAGGACAUUAUCCUAUAGAUGAAAAAAAUUCUUCCUACAAAUCAAAAACUUCAGAUCCUUUUCUCAGUUUAAGCAGUGCUUGUAGAGAGAGUAAUGGUCUUAGUAGUGAAACUACAGUUAGCAAAACUGUCAAACGAUCAUAUGAAGGAAGUACUAGCAGUCACCCGGCUACUCCACUUUCAGCCGCUGCACAAGAUCGUUUGAUUCUCACAGAUGAAGAUCUUGAGGGAUGGCGUCAACUUAAAAUUAUCGGAAAAGGAAGCUUUGGGGCAGUAUACGAGGCCCUUCUUGUUAGUGGACGGACAGUGUGCUGUAAGGUGAUUGAGUUGGGUUCUUUAUCCAGUCGUGAGGAGAUGGAAAAAUUACGAAAUGAGAUUGCCUUGAUGAAACGACUUCAUCAUCCGAAUAUUGUCCAGUAUUAUGGUAGUCAAGAAGAAAGGGAAAAAAACACUCUAAAUAUAUUUAUGGAAUUCGUAAGUGGUGGUUCACUAAACACGUUUGUAAAAAAAUUUAAAACAAUUCCAUUACCGACAGUUCGUCAGUGGACGUAUCAAAUGCUUUGCGGAGUGAAGUACCUUCAUGAUUGUGGUAUUGUACAUCGUGAUAUCAAGGGUGAUAAUGUUUUGGUAUCUCUUGAUGGAAUCAUCAAACUUGCAGAUUUUGGUUGCAGUAAGGCCAUUGAUGAUGUCUGCAGUAAAACUCAUGGAUGUCAAACCAUGGUAGGUACACCAUACUGGAUGGCACCGGAAGUGAUUAAGUGUGAGGCGGGCGGGUAUGGUAUGAAGAGUGAUAUUUGGUCUAUUGGCUGCACGGUAGUGGAGAUGAUCACCGGCAAACCACCAUGGCCAGAGUGUAAUUCCAUGUGGGCGGCGGUGUAUAAAAUAGCACACUCCACUGGACUCCCAACGGAGAUUCCGAAGGAUUUGGACCCAAAACUUAUGAACUUCCUUGAACUCUGCUUUGAACGGGAUCCUCGACAACGACCCACAGCAGAGCAGCUGCUCCACCAUCCUUUCUUGGCAAUAUAA